AUGGAGGUGAGAGAGGCGGGAGAUGGGGCUGCGGCCGGGGAGUACGAGCAGGUGCCUUGUAAGAGAUACAGCUGGGCCGAGGUUCGUCAAGCAGUCCACGAUCUUAGAAAGGAGCUGUCGUCCUUGUCCACCAUGGUGCCCAUGGCAAUUUCCUUUAGAAAGCUGAGCAACGGAAAGACUAGAGUCUACUUCUUGAGGACUCCACAGAAUGGCUGGGAGAUCACACUACUCUAUACCGAUAUUACCCAUUCUUUACAGCCUAACAACACCAGGCUGGACUGGAAGCCCCUGAUAGAGUCCAAUAUCGCUCUGGGCGUGAGCUCCGGUAAGUGGUCGAGAGAAGAACAACUGCUGUGGGAGAGACAGCGGGUGGCCGCGUGGGGCAUAGCGUCGUACGAGCUCCACCGUGAGUCAGGCCGGGUGCUAUUCCCCUGCGCCUCGUCACUCUUCGUGGCAGAAGAAGGCGCCAAUCAGUCGCCGCCGCUGGUGCCCCGCUCGCUGAGCAGCGGCGGGGGCGCAGCCCUGACGCCGGCGAUGUGCCCUCGGGCUCCGUCUCUAGUGGCGCACGCGGCGCGGGGCGACAUCUGGCUGGCGGGCGGAGCCCUGCAGCGGCCCACCAGGCUCACCUACGCCUGCAAAGGCCACGAGCCGGACCGGUUGGCAGACGACCCCAAGCAGGCGGGUGUGCCGUGCUACGUGACCCAGGAGGAGUUCUCCAGGUACACCGGCUUCUGGUGGCAGCCCAAGUGCGAAGAUGACGUCUACAGGAUAGUCUACGAGGAAGUAGACGAAGGAGAGGUGAAGAUCCUAAGCUUCCCUUCAUCGCAGAGCGUCAGCGGCGAGGUCGAGGAGUUCAGGUUUCCCCGCGCCGGUACGCCAAACGCCAAGUCCACCCUGAAGCUGGUGACCUUCCGGCUGCAGAAGGCGGCGCCCACCACCGUCCUCGACUACUACCAAGAGGGCGCAGACACCCACUCAUCAGCCGACUGCGUGGACGGGAAGGACUGCAUGGAGGCGACGGAUAUCCGGUGGUACGAGAUGCGGCAGCCCCUCAAGGAGGUGUUCCCCUGGUUCGAGUACCUGGCCAGGGUCGGGUGGACGCCGUGCGGCAAGUUUGUUUGGGUGCAACUCCUGGACAGAGAGCAGCAGAGGCUCGAGCUGGCGCUGAUACCGCUGGCAGAGUUCUGCGCGCCGACCGGCUACGAGGAUGCGCCGACGGCACCGGCUUCUGCACCGGCUUCUGCCUCGGUGGCCGGCGGGGAGGGGGAGCGGCAGCAGAUCCAGGUGCUGGUGUCGGAGAGGGCGCCCGACGCGUGGGUGAACGUCCACGACCUGCUGCACUUCCUGCCCUCGGAGGGGGGGCGGGCGCGGUUCCUCUGGGCCUCCGAGGAGACGGGGCACCUGCACCUCUACCUCGUCACGUGCGCGCUCCGCUCGCCGGUCGCCGCGCCACGAUCCGUCAUCGAGAUGAUCACAGACGACGAGUCGAGCGCGGCGGGGCCGGACAUCGUCAGCAGGCUGGCCAUCACCAGCGGCGAGUGGGAGGUGAUGGACCGCAAGAUCUGGGUGGACGAGGCCCGGGGGCUGGUCUACUUCGUGGGGCUCCGCGAGACGCCGCUGGAGCGCCACCUGUACGUAGCGCCGCUGCAGCCGGCGACGCCUCCAGUCGCCCAACUCCUCACCAGCACCGGCCACUCGCACACCGUCGACAUAGACGACGAGUGCACCACCGCGGUGGUCACCACGUCGAACAUCAGCAGCGUCCCGUGCACCCGCGUGUACCGCAUCGCGCACGGCCCCAACGGCACGUCGCUGGUGGUCCAGGGCACGCUGAUGGAGCGGCCGGCGUGCGAUUCCGACACGAGGGGCUACAACGGAGUCUGGGACGGCCGCACCGAGUGUGGCGAAGAAGGCGACGCCAGUAUACUAGUCAGAGAGCGGUCGCUGGCGGGCGCGGACGUGCCGCCGCCGCAGAUCCUGGAGACGCGGCUGUCGUGCGGCGCGGCGGCCUACUGCACGCUGUGGCGCUGCGCCCGCCCGGGGCGGAGCCCCACCGUGCUGCACGUCUACGGCGGGCCAGAGGUGCAGACCGUCACCAACAGCUACAAGGGCAUCCGGCAGCUGCGCAUGCACAUGCUGGCGGCGCGCGGCUUCAACGUGGUGGCGGUGGACUCGCGCGGCUCCAAGCACCGCGGCAGGGCGUGGGAGGCCGCGAUCCGGGGCAAGAUGGGCCAGGUGGAGCUGGACGACCAGGUCGAGGUUCUGCAGUGGCUGGCUAAGGAGACGGGCUGCAUAGACAUGGAGAGGGUGGCCAUACACGGGUGGAGUUACGGCGGCUACCUGUCGCUGCUGGGGCUGGCCACGCGGCCGAACGUGUUCAAGGUGUGCGUGGCCGGCGCGCCCGUGACCAGCUGGCGGCUCUACGACACCGCCUACACGGAGCGCUACAUGGGCCUCCCCGCCAGGGCGCCGCACGCGUACAGCCGCGCCAGCGUGCUGGCCCACGCGCCCUUCUUCCCGGAACGCGAGGGUCGGCUCCUGAUAAUCCACGGGCUAGCAGACGAGAACGUCCACUUCUGCCAUACCGCCGCGCUGCUCGCCGAGCUGGUGCGCUUGGGCAAGCCGCACCGGGUGCAGGUGUACCCCGGGGAGCGUCACUCGCUCCGCUCCAUGCACGCGGCAAAGCACUACGAGGCGACCCUCCUCCACUUCCUGCACGAGAACCUC